AUGCUCGGAGUUGAUUUAGGUGGCACAGUUACCAAGAUCUGCUAUGUAGGCGAAAAUGGAGAGCGAAAAUUCUUUUUAGUACCCACGAAGAUGGAAGAAUUAGAAGAUUUCUUCAGAGUUGAUGAACAAAAUAAUUUAUAUGUACCUAAAAUUAACAAGAAAAUAGUUCGCUGGGGUAUAACAGGAUGUGGAUCAGUUCGAUGCAAAGAAUUUUUCGAAAAAAUCAAUCCAAAACCUGUUUAUCUUGACGAAUUAACGAUUCAGACUUACGGAGCCUUAAAAUUACUCAAAGAAGAAAAUCUUCUCCAUUUCUUUGGAGGCAAUAAAAUUAUCAACGAACCAUGCCUUUUGAUUUCUUUGGGAACCGGAGUUUCAUUUACUGUUUCAGAGACAGAUAAACCAGUUAAACAUGCCGGUGGAUCUUCCUUAGGUGGAGGAACAUUGAUGGGUCUUGCAAAUCUAUUGCUAGGAAUGAAUGAUUUUGAUGAACUACUUGGCCUUGCAGCAAAUGGAGAUCCUAAUACAUUAGACUUACUUAUAUCGGAUAUCUACGGCCAAAACUACGGCAGUACACUCAAAUCUAAUGUUUGCGCUUCUUCAUUUGCAAAAGCUUCGAUGAACCAUAAUAAUCCUGCUUCGAAAGAAGACAUUGCUGCAUCAUUAGUUUGCACAAUAUGCUAUGCUAUUGCCGGACAAGCUGCAGCUAUCGCAAGAGCUGAAAAAGUCAAAACUCUUGUCUUUGUAGGAGGAUUUCUCUCUACAAAAGGACAUAUUCCUGAAGCACUUGAGCGUGCAGUUACACUUUUCGAUCCAGAUUUAUCUAUUGUAAUACCAGAAAAUCAUCAAUUCGUUGGAUCAAUUGGAUGUGCAAUGAAAGUUGCAGAAUCAUAA